AUGUCGGAAGAGCCCGAACCUUUGAAGCCGCUAAGGGCGCCAUUGCCUGGGCAUCCUGGAGGUUACGGGUGGGAUGACCGAUAUGAGGAGAUUGUUAGGAUCUUUCCACAUGAGCCGCUGGAGAAGUAUCUCAGAAACGGCUUCCAUCCCGUGACUCUCGGUGACAGAUUCUUUGACGGAAGAUAUACCGUAAGACAUAAACUUGGGUUUGGUGGCAGUGCAACUGUUUGGCUGGCAAAGGAUGAUCGCGAAAAUCAAUGGGUCGCUUUGAAGAUUAAGCAAGCUAAAGCAUCUUUAGACGAUCUUGAACAGGAUCCGGAGAUUAAAGCGCUAAAGCUACUCGAGCACAAAUACACCAUCCACGGCUCUACUAAGCCAAGAUGUUUUAGUCGCCUGUUAAGCUACUUUCAACACAUUGGCCCAAAUGGAACUCAUACCUGUCUCGUGACUGAGCUUCUUGGGCCAUCUAUAGCACAGAUGUUACGAGUUUUUGAUGCGAUGAUCCCUUGGGAUGACCCUGACUACCAAGAGGUCGAAACCUUCCGACCAGAUACAAUACUCAGAUCCUCGCGUCAACUCCUAGAAGCUGUUGAAACCCUAAAGGUCUGGGGGAUCGUUCACGGAGGCAUGGAGCCCCACGCAUCUUUCUCUUUUCACAUUUCCCCUUCCAAUGUUUCCUUCACCUGCCAAACUGCGAUUGACGACGAGGAUCUCAUAGAAAUACUGGGUGGCGAGCCUACUAUUGCGGAAUACUCAGCCUCGGAGCCACGAGAUGAGUGCCUCCCCAAGCAUUUAGUGCGGGCGGCCACAUGGAGCGGUUGGUUUGACUGCCCGGAGGAGAGCAUCCGUCUGAUAGAUUGGGGAGAGUCCUCUUCAGCGAACGACAAAGUUUCAGAGCUUUCCCAACCCAUUAACUUACGAUCUCCGGAGACAUUCUUUAUUGGCUCUUUUGACCACCGACAUGACUUGUGGAGAGCUGGUUGCGUGGAUUAUAUUGAAUCCAUGGCUCUAGUAAUGGGGCCACUUCCCUCGGCAUGGAAUGACCAAUGGGCCAGAAUGAUUCAAGAGAAGCCCGGACCCAGAGGAGACCCGCGCUUUCAGUCGUUACGUGAAACUUUUGAGCAGCGACGACAUUUCAUCAUUAAGCUGGCUGAAAAAGAUGAAGACUUUGAAAAACCGGACUUUAUCGAAGACGACUAUCAAGGACUCAGCUGUCUGCUGAGUGUCAUGGAAGGAUUGAUGCAGCAUGAGCCACAAGAGCGCAUUACAUCGGGAGAAGCCCUGGCGAGAAUUCAAUGGGUUGACCAGUGGGUUUGUGAUGUGCCAGAGAACGAAGAGGAAUGA